AUGGUUCUCGCAAUCGAUCUCCUCAACCCCACGCCUGCUGCUGAGUCGAGGAAGCACAAGCUCAAGACCCUCGUACCGGCCCCCCGCUCCUUCUUCAUGGACGUCAAGUGCCCCGGCUGCUUCACCAUCACAACCGUCUUCUCGCACGCCCAAACCGUCGUCAUCUGCGGCGGCUGCUCGACCGUGCUGUGCCAGCCGACCGGUGGGAAGGCGAGACUGACGGAGGGGUGCUCCUUUAGGCGGAAGUAG